AUGGACGCUAAGCCGGAUGUGGAGAGGAUUUUGGUGGCGUUGAGGAUAGAAUUAUCCGGCUUUGUACAGUCGGAGAGUAGAGGAUUUAGGCGGCAACUACAACACCUGGCAGUGCAUGAUUCGUCAACACAAGCACGGAACCAAAAGUUUGUUAAGCGGAGCCCAUAUAUGGGUACGUAUAAAACUCGCGGUCAACCGUCGUUUCGUGUUUUUGACGAAUAUGUCACGAUGAGCACGUUGACCACCAAACUAUAUAUGUACUCUACAAUGGUAGGUUCUCGUGCUCAAAGAGUGUCGAUUUUUCUUUUCAAAGUUGCAAACUUGGCUUCAAUACCACAUUCUCUAGCCCAAGAAAUCAUUACCAAAUUAGAAGACAACCCUUUAAUUUCCAAUCAAUUUAGAGAGUACAUUGAUUUCAAGAUUUUAAGAGUAAACAAGGCACUCGAUGAGGCCAUACCCUUGCAACACCCGAUAAAGAUUCGCGAGGCGAUGAGAUACGCCCUCCUUGGAGGAGGAAAGCGACUUCGUCCUAUCUUGUGCAUUGCUUCAUGUGAAUUAGUAGGUGGAGAUGAAGCAUCGGCAAUGCCAAUGGCAUGUGCAUUGGAGAUUAUUCACACUAUAUCGUUGAUUCAUGAUGAUCUUCCCUGUAUGGAUAACGAUGAUCUUAGGCGGGGCAAGCCUACAACCCACAAAGUGUUUGGUGAAAAAGUUGCAAUGCUAGCCGCUGCUGCCCUAUUUUCAUUUGCCUUUGAACACAUCGCGGCAAAGUCCACAAAUGUUCCUCCUGAGUGCGUGGUUCGAGCCAUCGCUGAGCUAGGCUCAGCCAUUGGAUCGGAGGGGCUCGUGGCGGGGCAGUUUGGGGAUAUUGAGAGUGAAGGGAAAGAUGUUACUUUAAAGGAAUUAGAGUAUAUUCAUGUACACAAAACGGCGAAACUCUUAGAGGCUUCUGUUGUUUGUGGAGCAAUAAUUGGAGGGGGGAGUGUACUCGAUGUGGAUAGACUUAGAAAAUAUGCAAGGGUUAUAGGGUUAUUAUUUCAAGUGGUGGACGAUAUUUUGGAUGUGACAAAGUCUACGGAGGAGCUGGGGAAGACUGCCGGAAAGGAUUUGGCGAGCAAUAAGGCUACUUAUCCGAGGGUGAUGGGUGUUGAGAGAUCGAAGAAAUUUGCAAAUGAGUUGGUGGAACAAGCCAUUGGAGAGAUUUCACAUUUUGAUCUUGUCAAGGCUGCUCCCUUGUACAAUUUAGUUUAUUACAUAGCUAAUCGACAAAACUAG